AGGUGGAAAGUAAUCGAAAGCCGAAGAGUAGUCAGAGUAAAGUGGACAAGUCGCGUACUAGCAUCAAUGUCUUUUUCUAAAUAAAUCCAAUAAUUAUUUGGCUUUAUCUGAGUGUAUAUUAUUCAUAUUUUAUAUAAAUUAAAUACUUUUUCGUGUUUUACAAAAAAAUUUAUUAUUUUCUGUGAUAAAAACGUGAUAAUCAAAAUUUAAUUAAGAAGUAUGUUUCUAAAAAAACAGUACUUUAUAAGCUGUCGAAAUAUUUUAUAAUAUUUAAUGAAAAAUUUAAAAAAGUGAAAUAAAUGAAAUUAAAAUAUUUAAAUGAAGAAAUUAUGAUAAAAUCUGCCAAAACAAUUGUCAGACUGCAAAGUUAUUUAAGCAAGUGUUUAUUAUUGAACUCGCGAAUGUUGAGAAAUUAAUUUUAGUUUAUUUGCUUUGAAUAAAUUCAAAUUUUAGACGUUAUAUCAAUUAGAUUAACCUAUUUAUACUUUUUAAGACGCUACAAAAAUGAUUGUCUUUAAAUUGCAAAAUUUUAUAAUUUUAUAUAGCCGGAAAUUACAUGACAAAUAUAUGUUUUAUUUAGCUAGACAGUGUUUGGAGUGCUUGGCUAUAUUUACCAAAGUCGUUUGAAUGCUAAUAUGAUUGCCAAGUCAAGUAUUACUCACUAAGUUAAAUCUAUGGGCGAUAAAAUGAAAGAUGAAUUAACCAUUGGUGUUAAUAAUUUUCUUAUGUCUAUUGAUUACAUUGUUUUUCGUCUAAAUAUAAUAAUAACAAAUAAUUUCAGACAUUAAAUGACAUGUUAGUAAAAUUUUCUUUAAUACAAUGUGGAUUAAAAAAACUUGAAAACUAUUUUCAUUAAUACAAUAAGACUUUGUCGCCAUGUCAUUUGACUCGUUUCUCGAUACUUUGGCCAAGUUAUUGAAUUAAAAUUUUUUAGUAUUUUAAUUGUAAGUUAAAUAAAAAUAUAAAUUUGUGAUAUUAGUUCAACUACUAUUUUAAAAAACGAAACAUUUUCAACAUAUUUAUGAUUAUAAAUGUUUGAAGUGACAAGUCAUUGUGGGGAUCCAUUGAUUUUUUUUAUUUGCAAUCAAAUAUAAAUUCUCUGUUAAGUAUAAAUACAAUUGUUAUUCAGUACUAGUUGAAUAUAACUGAGUGAAAAAUGUGUGAAGACAAUUGCGUGAUAUCAUAUGUUGCUGUUUUAUUUCUCAUUUUACAAAAGCUUGAGAAAUUCAUAACUCUCGACAACUUUUUCUCGUUAAAAAUAAUUUCUAUAAAUGCAAACACUAGUUAUUUUAAUUUUCAAUUUUAUAGUAAUGACGAUUACAUUAAUUUAUAGUACAUAUAUGUAUAUUAUAUAAAUGCACACACAAAUAUAUAAAGUAGAAAUUAACAGUCAGUGUUUUAAAAAAAAAUGUUAGUUUUAAGCGUACAUGAAAUGGGAUAAAUUUCAACGUCUACGAUUUAGUUUAAAAAUUUUAAUUGAUAUUUGUGACUAUCAAAAAUGACAGUUUCAUACCAAUAUGAAGUUGCAAGCUCCACAAGUGGAGGGUUUACACGAUUGCUAUUUAUGUGGAGAGGCUCCCUCUAUAAAUUAAUUUAUCGAGAACUGUUAUUAUUUCUAUUCUUUUUUGGGAUUAUUUCCGUCAUUUAUCGACAUGUUUUAUCUACUUCUCAUAGAAGGAUAUUCGAAAGAAUCGUGAUUUACUGCGAUACAUUCAUCAGCCUCAUUCCUCUAAGCUUUGUACUUGGAUUUUACGUUGCUUAUGUAGCUGCGAGAUGGUGGCAGCAAUAUAUGGCAAUACCUUGGCCAGACAAAGUAAUGCAUUCUGUUGCUUUGUACGUUAUUGGCAACGAUGAAUAUGGACGCAUGUUAAGACGAUCUCUUAUGCGAUAUCUCAACCUAUCUCUUAUCCUAGUGUUGAGAUCAAUCAGUUCUGCUGUCAAACGUCGUUUCCCUACUCUAGAUCAUGUUGUUGACUCAGGAUUUAUGAGCUCUCUCGAAUUAGAACUCUUUAUAUCUGUUCCGAGUUUAGAAUUUAAUACUUAUUGGAUUCCAUGUACUUGGUUUAUCAAUCUAUUGAAAGAAGCACGAAAGAAUAAUCGACUUCCUGAUGCUCAAGGCCUUAAAAUUAUUAUGGAAGAAUUUAAUGAUUUUAGAUCCAAAUGCGGAUUACUUUGGAGUUAUGAUUGGGUAUCUAUUCCUUUAGUUUACACUCAGGUAGUCACACUAGCAACCUACAGCUUUUUUGUCGUUGCUCUGGUUGGAAGACAAUAUAUUGAAGGAUCAAAAAAACCUUUUCAAAUGGAACUCGAUGCUUAUCUACCAAUUUUCACAAUUUUACAAUUUUUUUUUUAUAUGGGUUUGUUAAAAGUUGCAGAGCAGCUAAUCAAUCCUUUUGGUGAUGACGAUGAAGAUUUUGAGUUGAAUUGGCUCAUAGAUAGACAUACGAAAGUAUCUUAUCUUGGUGUUGACACUUUGAUGAAUCGGUGUCCACCUCUUGUUAAAGAUAUUUACUUCGAUUCAGAAAAUCUUAUCCUUCCUUAUACUGAAGCUGCAGCUGCUUAUAAAGUUAAAACUUACCGUGGAAGUGUAGCCAAUAUGAUGGUUCCAGAGGAAAAGCAAACUAUGUUUUUACCAGACAUUGCUGAAGAAGAGGAUGAAAAUUCUGGAACUCCAAAAACCUCAUCUGUUAGUUUACAAAUCCAUUCACCGGAAAGUCUUACGUUAAAUAAGCGCCAGAUCAGUGGGUCUUCUUCUUCUACAACUUCGCAGAAAAUUCAAAGCUAUCCCGAAACAGUUAUUCAACUGGAUGUCCAAGACACCAUAGAAUCCCAAACUAGGCAGCUACAGCAUAGUGAAGAAAAACACAAAAAACAUUCAAAAUCUCAAUGGUUAGAACUUCGUCGAAAGCGUUUUUUACCCACUACUUCGAAAUUAAUAAAUAAAAUUACAAUCCAACCAUGGCCGAGUGCAACUAAUCUGCAAGAUUAUCCAUCAUCUCAAAAAACGUCCAAAUCAUCUUCAGUACAAAGUCCUCUACCUUACAAGAAUACUAGUUGUGAUAUGGGUGAUGCUAUGUGUACAGAAGAUCAAGGUUUUUUUAAUUCUCGAUUGUUUCAAAAAACUAUUGAAAAAAGUAUUUUUGGUAAAGAUGUAAUAAAUGAUGAAAAAGAAGAAGAUACUAUAAGUAUUCGAAAUCAUAGAUUUUUUAUUAGACAACAAGGCCCAGAAAGUAGCAGUAAGAGAAAAAAAUGUUCUAAUUGGAAGCGAUCAUUAGAUAGGGCAACAGCAAAAAUGCGAAGGAGAACAGAGGAUAAUAUUCCAUCUACCAUGAAAAUGAUAAUUCAAACUAGUAGUACUCCAAAUUUAAAAAGUUUAAGUACUAGUGCUGACACUAAAGAAACUAUAAUCCGAACUAGAUCAGUUUCAGAAGACUAAGAUUGCUAUUUAUUGUUAUUUCAAAUUUUCGAUCCGUAAUUUAUUUAAUAAAAUAUAAGAAGCUUUUAAAUCUAUCUAAAAUUACAAAAAUAUGUUACUCAGUAUUAUUAUUAUUAUUAUUAUUAUUAUUAUUAUAAAAUCUGUCGAUAAUUAUUGAUUUUAUUAAAAAGAACUUAUAUAUUCAGAAAAGUUUCUGAUUAUUUCAACGAGACAGCAUCAACU